AUGGAUAUGUACCUACAGUGUACUUCUACGCAUGGACGCAUUGUGCGCAUCAGUGUUUCGUGCUUGUGGUCGAACCACAACCUCGGGACCAUAAGGAUGAAGGGCCCUCGACUGAGACCUGCGCUCACAAUUUUGAGCAAUGUGAAAGAUCACCCAGCUACGUUGAUGGGCAACCUCCAGGAACUGAGACACAAGGCAACUGCUGCGUGCCUUCGCGCCUCAGUACUGUGUAUGGAUAGGAUGAGCUGUGAGAUUGGCGUGGCGGUCUUGUGUGGAGGAAGCAAGGCCUUGCUCUCCAGGAUCCCCAGCAGCAGUCAAGCCCGUCCGGGUAGCGUCUUGGUAGCUCAAUGGUGGACCACAGUCCGCGGCUCGCGUGGUACACAUCGCGCUUUGACCUGGGACUCCUGCUGCCCUAUUGAUCUUGAGCGAGAUCUAAGUGGAAGCCGAGAUCAGAUGGGCCGAUGCCACGAAGCGAAAACCCCAGUCGUCUCCGCGAAACGUGAUCUGAUUGCUGAAGACCAACGAAAAACUUCUUUUCCGUGCAUCACCGCACUCGAACUAUCGGCGUUUCAAUCCGGAGCGGAACGCAGUGGAGAUAUCGGUAACCACAUGUCGUGUAUGCGAAACCGUGGGUUGAGACCGCAAAGCUUGGCAGGACCCAAGGAGGCUGAUCUUUCGGUUAUCCGGAACCAUUACUGCGAAUUGACCAAGCUCCCUCAAGCGGAUGACUUCGUUGUCCUGCCCAGGAGCCAGGCUCCCAUGUGUAUAGCCCAUCCCGAUUUCAACACUGACAUUGACAGGCCCACCCAGCAAGGCAGCUCGUGA